GAUCUGUCCAGUUCACGUAUCUGGGAAAAACACGAGGAAAUGCAGGAAGGGUCCAACGCAGGCGCAGAUCGACCGGCCGCAAAAAUCUCAUCCUCUGGUCACGAUACAUCUGGAAAAUGGCAGCACUUCCUGUCUACAAAUCACAAAAAUGAACCAAGAUACGAAAGCGCCGCUUCAUUUCCUCGAUCCCUCCUCCCGUCUUCACCACAUCGACCAAAGUCAGCGGACGCUGCGGGCACUCCCGGACUGUUUUCUGCCACAGAAGACCUUCUAGAUUCAUUGACUAGACUAGGGCAUGUUUUCGAAUGUGAAGCCUGUGGACUAUUUUUCCGCGAGCGAGCCCUCUGGAAGACGCACAAUUCACUUCACGGACCCGGUUCCGAACAGGACAGUUUUGUCUGUUCGCUUUGCGGUCAGUGCCUGUCCGAUGCGUGCGCGUUCGCGCUGCACUUUGCCGAAGACCACCACGAGCACAGCCCGGGCGACCUCCGGAACAGGAGUUUGGGCGAGAAC